AAAUGGCUUUAGGUGGAGGUCCCCAGAGAGGAACUGCUGCUGCAGCAGCUGCUAGCAUGCGUCGGAGGAGAACCACUAGUGGUGGAGCUGCUGGUGGGGCAAGUGGGACCAUGCUCCAGUUCUACACCGAUGAUGCUCCUGGACUUAAGAUUUCUCCCAAUGUUGUGCUCGUUAUGAGCAUUGGUUUCAUAGCUUUUGUUGCUAUUCUACAUGUCAUGGGUAAGCUCUACUUUGUUCGUAGAGAGGCUUAAGAUUGAGAUUUCGAUGUUGGUGACAAAUAGAACAUAUAUUAUUUCCUUAGCAUGCUUUUGAUGGGAAUAUUUUUUUGAUAGAUUUUGGAACGCUUGUUGUUAACAGAUACCUAGGUUUGGAAUAAUGUGAUGGGAAAUUAUUCAAUCAUAUGUAUCUCUGACAAUGUUUAAUGUCCAAACCUUUUGAAUUGUAUUUUGAUUUAGCGUA